UCUGUUACGUGUUAUUCUAUAAGAAAGAGUAAUUUCUACAAUAAUAUCAGUUUUGUAAUAAAUUAGAAAAACUACUUUUACUCUGUUUAUUUGCUUUUUCUUUUUACAGGCAAGUGCCAGGAAAACCAACACAAUUUCACAGGACUAACUCCAUACACAUAUUAUACAUUCUCUGUGAAGGCCUUGUACUAUGGAACACCUGUAUCAACAACAAAGGACAAAACCAUCCAGACCCUUCCUGGCAGUUAAAGUGGGGAAUGGACAUUUUUACAGUGAUGAUGCAUCCACGGAAUUUGAUACCAAGUAUAACGAUAAAGCUGUAGCUGGAUUUCUGAUAUUCUUUCUCGUUCUUGUGUCUCUGGCCCUCCUGUUUGUUUUGUAUAAAAUCUAUGUUCUUCAGAAGAGAAGCUCAUAUGAUACAUGCAAUGCGGAGUUGAAAGUACUGGACAAGGGUAAGACAUUUUUGGGAUUAUGUGAUCAGGGCCUGCUGAAUGUGGAGCCCAUUAGAGCAGAGCUCCUACUCGAUACCUUCAAGAAAAAGAUUGCUAACGAAGGCUGCCUUUUCCUGGCUGAAUUUCAGAGCAUUCCUGUAGUAUAUAGAAAGUUCCCCAUGAAAGAAGCCAGGAAGUACUGCAAUCAGACCAAAAACCGCUACGUUGAUAUCCUGCCAUAUGACAAGAAUCGUGUCCAGCUGUCCUCAAGUGCUCAUGGGUCGGAUUACAUCAAUGCCAGCUUCAUAGAUGGAUACAAGGAACCAAACAAGUACAUUUCUGCACAAGGGCCUACGAAUGAGACUGUGGCUGAUUUCUGGAGAAUGGUGUGGGAGCAGCAGUCAUCUAUAAUUGUCAUGGUGACCCGCUGUGAAGAAGGAAAGAGGAUCCAGUGUGCUCAGUACUGGCCAUCCCUAUAUAGAGAGACAGAGAUUUUUGAAGACUUCAUCGUGAAAAUCAACGGAGAAGACCACUUUCCAAAUUACUUGAUUCGACGCCUAAGUGUUACCAAUAAGAGGGAAGAAUCCUCAGAGAGGGACGUGACCCACAUCCAGUUCACCAGCUGGCCUGAUCAUGGGGUUCCUGAGGAACCUCACCUUCUCCUCAAGCUGUGUCGACGUGUCAGUUCUUUCCAAAAUCCCUCCAAAGGACCCAUCAUUGUCCAUUGCAGUGCUGGAGUGGGACGCACAGGGACCUAUAUUUGCAUUGACGCCAUGAUGGCGCAACUGGAAGCAGAAGGAGAGAUGGAUAUUUAUGGAUCUGUGGUCCAGCUCCGACGUCAGCGGUGCUAUAUGGUGCAAGUGGAGGCCCAGUAUAUCUUGAUCCACCAGGCUCUCCUUGAACAUACUCAGUUUGGUGACACUGAGAUCCCUCUCUCUGAAAUGCACUGUACACUGAAGACAUUGAGGCAGAGGGAUUCGGAUUCUGAACCUACUCUUUUGGAAACUGAAUUCCAGAGGCUGCCAAACUACACAAACUGGCGGACACAAAAUACAGGAGUAAACGAGGAGAACAAGAAGAAUAAUCGUUACUCUGCUGUUGUUCCAUAUGAUUACAACCGAGUGCUUAUAAAAUCCGAGGAAGAGAGCAGCCAUGAAAGUGAAGAAGAUGAGGAUGAGGAUUAUUUAACCGAAGAAGAUGAAGAAUCUGGCAGAUACAUCAAUGCUUCCUAUAUAGAUUUACAUGAUACGAUGUUAAAUCCUACAAUUUCUUUCUGCCAUGUUAGUGAUGGAUCAACUCGGACGGGGCUUUUCUGCGCACUCUGGAACAUCCUAGACAGCGCUGAAACAGAGAAGGGGGUUGACAUAUUCCAGGUGGUGAAAACGCUGCGGAAGGAGAGGCAGGGAGUGAUACUGAGCUUGGACCAUUAUCAGUUCCUCUAUGACAUGGCAGAGAGCGCCUUCCCUGCCCAGAACGGUGAAGUCAAGCAAAACCCAGCCAAAGGAGCGGACUUUGUGGACAUAGUGGAUGAAACGAAAGAGGUUAUAGAGCCGAAGAGCAGUGCUACCAAAGCUGGCCAGCAGGGGGACAAUGAAGAAGAGGCCCUGGUGCAGAAUUAAUCAGACAGCAAGGCGGAGGCUGAGAAACCUACAGAGGAUGGUACCAAAGAUCCCAGUGCUAUCAAGGAGGAAGCCAUGGAGAAUGACAUCAAAGAUCCCAGUGCUGUCAAGGGGGAAGUAAUGGAGAAUGAUAUCAAAGAUCCCAGUGCUGUCAAGGAGGAAGCCAUGGAGGAUGAUGUUACUAGUGUAGAGAAUUAGGAGAAGCAUAUUUUUUUAUCUUUACUUUAGUGUGUGGUACAUUCUAUACAUAAAAUAUGUAGGGUAGUUUCUCUGUGUAGUAAUUUUCCUAAUGUGAAACUUUUUUUCUGUUUUUGUUUUGUAUUGCAUUUUUGAACAUGAAUAUAAUGUAAAUUCAGAGUAAAACCAGAUAUAAGCAGGAAGAAAAGUUUUGUUGAAUACAUAAUUAUAAUACAUUGUGAUGUCGUUGGGUUGGUCAGUCAUUAAUUAUGCUGUUAACGGCAUGCCUGGUGUGGGGGAAUUAGUAUGGGUAAACCCUGCCGCUUAAUGUGUCUGUGUGAGCACUUAUGUUGGAAGUGUGUACUGUUGCCCUGUAAGUGUGUGUUUCAUUGAAGUCUCACCCUGAGUGUGCCAGGUAAAUAGUUGACUGACCUUGUCUGCGCUAUGAGAGAGAGUGCUUUGUCAUUGGUCUGUCAUAUAAAGGCAGGCCUUCUGAUGGAACAAGUGUGACGUGCCUCAUUCAAACAACUCUCCAUAAUAUUAUAAAAUUGAGCCUUUUGGAAUGAUCAGCUUUUUUCUUUUACUGGAAAUAGAAAUGUUGAGUUUUGGCAAAAAUAAACAUAAUUACAAAUCA